GUGUCCUGCUCACAGCCUGCCAUGCCAUGGAGAACACCACAGCAGCCUGGAAUGGAGCACCAGUGGCAGCAGCAGUGAGGUCUCACUUCAACGACUGUCCCGACUCCCACAGCCAGUUCUGCUUCCAUGGCACCUGCAGGUUCCUGGUGCAGGAGGACAAACCUGCGUGUGUGUGCCACUCGGGGUACGUGGGCACGCGCUGUGAGCACGCUGACCUCCUGGCCGUGGUGGCAGCCAACCAGAAGAAGCAAACGAUCACAGCUCUGGUGGUGGUGGCCGUGGUGGCCUCAGUGCUGCUCAUCAUCGUCUGCGUCCUCAUCCACUGCUGUCGGCUGCGGAAGCGAUGCCCGUGGUGCCGGGAGCCUGGAGGUGGCCAGGAGAAACCAGGGGGGCUCCUGAAGGGUGGCACCUCCUGCUGCCACGCCGAGACAG